GCAGCUCGGACAGAUGUGAAUAACGGUGCAGACAUUUGACGCCUAAUUUGGUUUUCUGGGCGGAGAGCUGCUCCUCUGGGCCGUUAGUUAGUCCACUCGGGGGGCUGAGGAGUUGCAAUUUGUGACUCUCUUACCGCUGGAUGUUCUGGAGAGCAGCAGCAGCAGCAGCCAAGUAUCAGAAAGUUUUCUCUGCCAGGGCAGCUGAGGAAAAUCUGAACAAGUGACUUUGUCUCUCAUCAUCGGUUACAACCUCUCAUCAUGGCAAUAGUCCUGCACUCCAGCCCCCUGCUCUGGACUCGGGUGGCGGCCCUGGUCUUCUCCUGCGUGGCCUUCUCCGUGGCCGUGCACGGUGGCAGACUCUACCACGGCACUGGAGACUGGUGCAUCUUCUGCUGGGCCUUCAGCUUCGCCGGCACUCUGCUCGUCUUCCUGGUGGAGCUGUUUGGCCUGCAGACCCGAGCCCCUGUCUCCUGGAAGAACUUCCCCAUCACCUUCGCCUGCUAUGCUGCCCUCCUCUGCCUGUCCGCCUCCAUCAUCUUCCCCCUCUACUUCCUCAAAGGUUCCUCCAGCCCCAAUGAGACCCGCGACUUCCGCAUCGUGUCCACCGUCUUCUCCUGCCUCGCCACCAUCGCUUACAUGAGCGAGGUGAGCAUCAGCAAGGCGCGUCCGGGCGAGGUCGCCGGCUACAUGGCCACGGCGCCCGGCCUGCUCAAAGUCUGCGAGACCUUCCUGGCCUGCAUCAUCUUCGUGUUCAUCAGCGACCCCGUGGUGUACGAGCGUCACCACGCGCUCAGGUACUGCAUGUCCGUCUACUGCAUCUGCUUCAUCCUGUCGGCGGCCAUCAUCCUGCUCUGUGUUGGCGAGUUCACCGGCUGCCUGCCCUUCCCGUUCGCCCGCUUCCUGUCGGCCUACGCCCUGCUGGCCGUGGUCCUCUAUCUGUCGGCGACCAUCAUCUGGCCCAUCUUCAACUUUGACCCCAAGCACGGCGGAAAUAAAGACAGGCCAUACGGCUGCAGCUCCAUGAUGGGGCUGUGCGUCUGGGAUAAGCUCAUGGCGGUGGCCGUGCUCACCGCCGUCAACUUCCUCCUCUACCUGGCCGACCUGGUCUACUCCACCCGCCUGGUGUUUGUCAGCGCUUGAGGGAAAAGCGAGAGAGCGAGUUAGACCAGCAGUAUGCUCCACAUGGAACUGAAUUUGGCCACUUUAUUAAUUGAACUGCUGUCAAAUACACUGCUGCAAGUGCAUCCUAGUGCACUCCUGUAGCUGUGGGUCAUGAUUGGGGUAACAAAAAACAACUUGUCCAAAUCUAUUGUGGCUCAGUUUGUUGUUUAAAAUAAAAUAAUUUAAUAUUGUUUUUGCAUUGCUACAAAUAAACCACAGGAAAAGCAGAUAUGACCCAAAAUAACCUGGUAAUGGUUGACCAGCAGACAUGUUCGGCUGGUCGUACGCCAAAUCUUGUGCUCUUCUAACUUGCCAAAUUCAAUUUCGUGUGAAGUAUGCUGCAGAACCAAGGACCUUAGAGAGAGAAGAAGAAGGAGGUCAAUGGCCAUGUUUACACGUCCAACAAUAUUUCUUCAAAUUACUGACAUUUUCUGUCCAUGUGUUCUUUCUUUUGUUUUGUUUUGUUUUGUUUUUUUGCAUCCAGCGACCCGAAUAGACUCUUGUCCUGAUCAUGAGAGACCUGAAUGUGUUUGCUGGAACGUGCUGAUGUUUCCCAUUUUAAUGCAUUUUUAGCAGUUGUAACGACAGAUCAGUUCCCAUUUAAGUACAGAAAUAAAAGGAUUGUUUUACGCAUGCAGGAAUGUUUGCUGUCUGGAUGUGAGUUAACUAAUGAUGCAUUCUCCACGAUAGGACUCUGACGGGGACACAAGCUAACAACCAGAAUACUAUGUGCAUGUAAACAUAGUCUGUGAUGGCAAAAGGAAAAAAAAAGUUAACGGUGGCUUUUUAUUAUUUUUAUUUGUUUUUUGAAAAAAGAAAAUGUGCAUAAUGUAUGUCAAUGCGCUGCCCUAGCUCGUUUUUAUUUCUAAUUUGAUAUAAAAAAAAAAAGACAGCUGCCAAUGGAAGAAAAACGUAAGAAAAUAAUGAAUAUUAGGAAGUUACGUUUAAGUUUACUGUUGGAGAAAAUAAUUGCAUGCCUCCUGAUUCUAAACUUUACAUUGAUGUAACUGACAAUUCAAUGUUCCUAAAGCAGCUAAUAGGGUUGUAUUAUUCCUUCGUCAUUAUUACAUGCUCCAAAAAUGGUUCCAAAGACUUGAAGUAGUGCUAAAAUAGUUUACAUGAUAAUAAGAUGAAUGCUCAGCUAGCUUUUGCUCCUCUUAUGAUAUAUGUGUAUCUGCAAGCUACAAUCAAUGGCAAGAAUAUAUAUGUGGAAAGUACAUAUGCAAGAUUGUGGGUUUAUGGUUAAAGUGCACUUAUUAUUUGUAUUAUUUUGUGUCUGCAAAUAUCAAAGCAUCUAGUAACACCAAACUCUCGCCACUGAAUUCAUUGAUUGUCGAUCGGGUCUAUUGGUUUUGUACUGCUGUAGAAAUACUCAGAGAAAGUGAUCAAAAAGAUGCGUCUGUCCUUUUAGAUGUUGUUAUACUCUUUAACUUUUUUUUUUAAUAUAUUCCACUGUCCGUGUCUCAAGUGUGCAAACCACAUCAGCGUUUUAGGAAAAUGUAACCAAUAAAACCACAUGGUAAACAGA